GGGACAAUCGAAGAUAGGGAGGCGAUGAGACGGCUGGGAAAACAACAGCUCUUUAAGCGCAACUUUGGUUUCGUCUCCAUAUUCGGCUUCUCGUUAAUUCUCAUGGGCACAUGGGAAACCUUGCUUGGCACAGUCGCCUUCGGUUUGGGCAAUGGUGGUCCCUCUGGGCUCAUAUACACCUAUAUCGGAGUCUAUAUAGGGUUCAUUCUCGUAGUCGCUUCUAUGGCAGAAAUGUCGUCUAUGGCGCCAACAUCGGGAGGACAGUACCACUGGGUUUCUGAAUUUGCCUCCCGUCGGUACCAGAAGCAAGUGUCCUACUUCAUCGGCUGGUUAUCAGUUCUUGGCUAUCAAGUGGGAGUCAGUUUUGGUGCUUUUGUCUCCGGCACCAUCAUUCAAGGCCUUAUCGUACUUAACUACCCGGAAUACGAGUAUCAACGGUGGCAUGGGACACUAAUCGCAAUAGCUGUUACAGUCGUUGUCACACUUUUCAAUGUCUUCAUGGCGAGCUACCUGCCGUUGGUGGAGAUGGUGAUUGGCUUUCUCCACUUCGCCGGUUGGCUUGGGAUCCUCGUUCCGCUUUGGGCUCUUGCGCCUCGCACACCAAGCGAACAGGUGUGGAAUUCGUUUGUGGACGCUGGGUGGGGAAGUACUGGCGCUGCAUGCCUUGUUGGUAUGAUCACGAACGUGGGAGCCUUUAUUGGGGGUGAUGCUCCCGCACACAUGGCUGAGGAGGUAAAGUCAGCGUCAAAAAUACUUCCAAGAGCGAUGAUGUGGACGAUCAUGAUAAAUGGGGCUCUAGGACUUGUCACACUUAUCACCUUCUGCUACACAGUUGGAGAUGUAGAAUCUGCAAUCACAUCGCCAACAGGAUACCCCAUCAUCCAGGUGUUUUACGGCGCGACCGGGUCCAAAGCCAGUGCAACAGGACUCUCCUCUCUUCUUGUCGUCCUCAAUGUCGCCAACAACCUCACAAAUAUGGCGGGUGCAUCCCGCCAACUGUUCGCCUUUGCACGAGACUGCGGUGUUCCGUUUUCGCCUUGGUUAAGUCACGUUUCACCUAGCUACGAUGUGCCUAUUAAUGCCAUCAAUUUGUCGUCCCUGAUCGCUUGCAUACUUCAUUGCAUCAACAUCGGAUCCUCGAUUGCAUUCAACAUUAUCGUCUCGAUUGGCUCUGUUGCACUGAUUACGUCCUAUAUGACAUCGGUUGGAUGUGUUACGUGGCGGCGGCUUCGAGGGCUUCCGCUGCUGGAGUCCCAUUUUUCGAUGAAGAAGAUAGGGUUAGCUGUGAAUUUGCUUUCGCUUGCCUUUCUUGCGCUCAUAUUGGUCUUUUGCUUCUUCCCGCCGAUACCAAACCCGCCGGCGAGUGGAAUGAACUGGGCAAUCGUAGUGUAUGCAGGGGUGCUUGGAAUUGCGGGGGUUUACUAUCUCCUGAGGGCCAGACACACAUACAACGGCCCAGUGGAGUAUGUAAGGAAGAGUGCUUGA